AUUUACAGUGUGUGCUGAGGUUGAACGGUAUUCUGCUGUAGGGCUGCAACAACUGACAAUUGAGCACUUUACCCUCAUGAUACAAAGCGAGAACGGAAACCUCAAUUUAAAUAUACCUGAAACACAGGAUCGCAGGAAGACACAUUAUGAGGAACGCAACUGCAGCAACAGAAACCAUGGAAAAUAAUUCAUUUACAGUAACAGACUUAUAUAAAAUAUGCGCUCAUUGUGAACGGCUAAGCAAAAAGGACUUAGGAGUUCGGAUCCCAAGACCACUGGGAAAUGGACCAAGUAGAUUUAUCCCUGAAAAAGAGAUACUUCAAGUCAGUAAAGUAGAUCCGAGGGCGCAAUCGAUAUUUGAGGACUCAUUUGCUGCACUGGGUCGUCUUGACAACAUCUCCUUGGUGAUGGGCUUCCACCCACAGUACCUGGAGAGUUUCCUGAGAACACAGCACUACCUGCUGCAGAUGGAUGGGCCCUUAUCCCUGCACUACCGCCACUACAUAGGCAUCAUGGCUGCGGCCAGACACCAGUGCUCCUACCUGGUCAACCUCCACGUCAACGACUUCCUCCAGGUGGGAGGGGACCCCAAGUGGCUGAAUGGCCUGGACGGAGCCCCACAGAAGCUGCAGGCUCUUGGGGAGCUCAACAAGAUCCUGGCCCACCGGCCCUGGCUUCUUACCAAGGCACACAUUGAGCACCUGCUGAAGGCUGAAGAACACAGCUGGUCCCUGGCUGAGCUGAUCCAUGCUGUGGUGCUCCUCACACACUACCACUCCCUGGCAUCCUUUACCUUUGGCUGUGGCAUCACCCCUGAGAUCCACAGUGAUGGUGGGCACACCUUCAGACCUCUCUCCCUCAGCCAGUACUGUGUCUGUGACAUUGCCAACGGCAAUGGGCACGGCAACGACCUGGAGGAAAGGAGAAGCAGCCAUCAGGUGUCUGGUGAGGUGGAGGUGCUGAUGGAGAGAAUGAAGCAGCUGCAGGAGUGUCGUGAUGAAGAGGAAGCCAGUCAGGAGGAGAUGGCCACACGCUUCGAGAGGGAGAAGACUGAGAGCAUGCUGGUGGCCACGGCAGAGGACGAGGAGUGUGUGCAGUCAAGAGACGUGUCCAGGCACUUUGAAGACCCCAGCUACGGCUACAAGGACUUUUCCAGGAGAGGAGAACAUGUACCCACCUUCAGAGUGCAGGACUACAGUUGGGAGGACCACGGCUACUCCCUGGUGAACCGUCUGUACCCUGAUGUUGGUCAGCUGCUGGAUGAGAAGUUCCAGAUGGCCUACAACCUGACCUACAACACCAUGGCCAUGCACAAAGACGUGGACACCACCAUGUUGCGCAGGGCUAUCUGGAACUACAUCCACUGCAUGUUCGGCAUCAGGUAUGAUGACUAUGACUACGGGGAGAUUAACCAGCUGUUGGACCGCAGCUUUAAGGUCUACAUUAAGACCAUGGUGUGCAGCCCGGAGAAAACCACCAAACGAAUGUAUGAGAGCUUCUGGAGGCAGUUCCAGCACUCUGAGAAGGUCCACGUAAAUCUGCUUCUUAUGGAAGCGCGCAUGCAGGCAGAACUGCUCUACGCUCUGAGAGCGAUCACUUGCUACAUGACUUGAAGUGCUUUUGGCGUUUAUCGUUGUAUUUUACUGUCGUGGUUGCUCUCGUUGGACACCUUUUAAAAUACAUUAAAAAACCAAUGGGGGGGGGGGGGACAGAAAGGAGCUCCGCUCAUCCUUGUGAUGGGAUGGAACAAAAUAGAGAAUGGUGGGGGAGAGCAAAAGAAAUAACUGCAAAAAAUAAUAAUCUGAACCCAUUUGUGGAAAGAUGAGCUUUGUUGGUCCUCUUUGCCUGCAUUGCCAACUCACCAUGAGGGGGCAGCCUAGAGCAGACUCCCUCUGGCAGGAGUGUGUGGCCAACCUUCCAGUAUUCCAAUACAUAUCAGUGGAGGAUGUCACUGAAAUCUCCUUAGUGUGAAAAACUACAGCAAUUCUCCAGAAAGAAGAGCAGUGCACCAGUCUACACUCAAUGUAAUCAUAGUUCUUUUUUUGUGGGAGGUUGUAGUAAGAGAAGUUAUCAUGGUGGUUGAUGUUAUUGCUGUAACUGGAGGUUAUGAAAUCAUAAUUUGGGCUGGGUGGUAGUGUGCCUGAUUUGUAAUAUCAGUGUUCAGAGGUGCUGCCUGAUACUGCUACUCAUGUAAGCAAGGGGUCAUAUUGACCCCCACACCCUAACCAUCCUAAACUGUUUGUGUAAGCUAACCCAAGGAGUGUGUGUGUGAGAACAGAAAGGUGUUGGAAAAGCAAAAAAAAAAAAAACACUGAGCCCUAUUCAGUUUGACUGCAAGUAUGAGAGGCUCUCUGUGACAAGUAUUGUGUGUGUUUUAUAAAAAAAUGUUGGGAUUUCAAGCGUAAAAAAUAAAAAAAAGGGCAAGGCACUCUUUGUGUGGUGACUGUUAAAUCGAUCUGUUUUGUUUCAGGUAGAAGCUUUGUCCUGUAAGAAAAAAAGACAAGCUAAAAAUAAUAUUCUUUAAAAACCAGGUCUUCUAGGGGAUUGACUUCCGGUUGUAUUAAACAUUACGUCACCUGUCUGUCUUCCACAUUCACCCUUUGACCCUGGCCUGGUCAUCCUAUCACCUUCAAAGCUUUGGAUUGUUUUACCAGUACAUACCUUUUCUGUUUUCUCUAUCACAUUAAGAAGUGCUCUUUGGCAAGCAGAAUGACUCUUUAUUUCUCUGGGUCGCUUGGCUUCCAUUUGUAGGGAGCCCGGUUGGUCCUAACUGGACCGACUGGUCGACGCAGUCGGUCAUAGCUGAGCUUGUUUCCUCUGUGGAAGCCUAACCAGUGCAAAAGCAGCUCUUUUUUUUAAAGACGAUGGCAGACCCAUCCACUGUUUUUAUUUCUGUUGACUGAAAACAAGUAAAGUACUGCAUUCUUCUGAGGGUUGGUUGAGACAGUUGAUUGUUUGAUAAGAUGAUUAUGGAAUGGUACAUUAUUUGGAGGUUGUGGUAGGAAGUCGAGGUUUCAUACUUGACUGUCAGACACUUUUUAUUAAAGAAAUUAAAUAUAAACUUAUUUUCUAGUUUUCUCCCUAAAACUGUUUUUGCUGCAUCAAAAUGUUCACUCACAGGUACAUUUGGACUCAUUCAUGCAACAAACCCACCAAAUUGUAGUCACAGCAAAUUGCACAUCUUCUCCCCCUUUCUCUUUUGUUUCUGCCUUUAUGAGUUUGCCAAAUGGGAUGUUUGUUAUAAGCUGUUGCACACUGUUACGAAAGAUCUGAAAGCCUUUUUUUCCUUCAGCUUGCAGAUAAUGCAUCUGCUCUCCCAUCAAUUAGUUUCCAAUGAUAUAGGAAAACAUUUGGCUAUUAGAUACAUUUUGCACACUUUAAUGCAAUAGUGGCUCCCACACAAUAGCGUAAGACUUAGGUGUAUAUGAGUCCAAAUCCUAGCAGUGUUUCAGUUUCCUGUGUUGUGUCGGUCCUCCCAUUCACACUACACUGAACUGUGGUUUGCUUGUGUUAAUGUUACGACCCAAACAGAACCACAAAUGGUCCUUCCUUGUCCAUGUGUGGUCGAGACAGAGUUUGACGUUACUCCCACAACUGCUGUGCUAAAACAUUUUAACUUGUCUGUAAUAUGCAAUGAGAUGAGGGGACAUUCUUUGUUCUGCUCAUUUCUGUCCUCACUGGAAAAACUCCCUGGCAUGACUGGCUAUAGACUGAAAUCUUUGGGAUUUUUUUCCAUUAAGGACAGAGGGUGUAUAGUAGGACAAGGAAGUGGGGAACUGAGGUUUGUUUUUACAGAAGUGCCUUUUUUUUUUAUUAUUUUUUUUUUUUUCCUUAAUGUGAUUUGAAAACGCUGUCACUUUGCAGCAGCACUGCCUGGUCCAUAUUUGUGUAACAAUAAAAGCUUUGAGCAUGUUUACAAUA